CCCAUCAUGAGAGUUCUCUCGAGCGCUCUGUUGAGCCUUGUCUCCGCGGUCGCGUGCGUCACCGCGGCGAAGGAGUUAUCACAAGACCGCAAACCCACCAUUGACUUCUCAUCUGGAAACGGUAGCUACCAUCUCGCCUCCAAGAGCUCGCCCGUGAGCUUGUUGCUCGAUGCUGCAGACUGGCCGGGUGUGCUUCGUGCUGCCCACGAUGUUGCGGUGGAUUUCGGUCGUGUCACAGGUGUCAAUGGCUCUUUGAACACUGUGGGUCAGGCUACCGCCAAUGCCUCUGUCAUCUUCAACAUCACUGGGAUCAACGAGGACUGGAGUGUUGGUGGUAGUUCCAAUGGCUCAGGACAGUAUAACCAGACGGGAGGCGGUCUGAUCAUCGCAGGUACAAUCGGCAAUUCUAGCUUGAUUGACUCCUUGAUUGAGAGCGGGAAACUUGAUGUCAGCAGCAUCGAGGGCAAAUGGGAGGCUUUUGUGAGCGCCGUGAUCAAGAGCCCUACAAAUGGAACCGACGAAGCUCUCGUCAUCGCUGGAAGCGACAAGCGAGGCACCAUUUACGGCCUUUACGACGUCUCCGAGCAGAUUGGUGUAUCUCCUUGGCACUGGUUCGCGGAUGUCGCCCCCAAGUCUCACAGCGACAUCUAUGCGCUCCGAACUAUCAAGAACCAAAAGACACCUACUGUUAGAUACCGAGGCUUUUUCAUCAAUGACGAAGCCCCUGCCCUGACUGGCUGGGUCAAUGUAAAAUAUCCCAAGUCGAGGUACGGCAGUGCUUUCGGCGCCGAGUUCUAUUCACACGUAUUUGAGCUCCUCCUCCGUAGCAGGGCAAACUACCUGUGGCCUGCCAUGUGGAACAGCAUGUUCAAUGUCGACGAUCCACGCAGCCAGCCGCUUGCAGAUGCGUACGGUAUUGUCAUGGGCAGCUCGCACACAGAGCCCAUGGUACGCGCAACCAAGGAGUGGACGCAAGUGGCCAAAGGUACUGAACAGACCUGGUCGUGGUCCACAAACAACGCCACUCUCUACAAGUACUUUGAAGAGGGCGCUCGUCGUGCUAAGCCCUACGAGAAUGUCGUCACUGUAGGCAUGCGUGGAUACCACGAUACUGCCAUGUCCGGUGAUGUCCAAACGGAACUGCUCGAGGCCGUUGUGACUGCUCAACAGGAGAUCAUGGAUGAAGUCUACGGUGAUGCAAGCCAGGUUCCGCAGAUGUGGUGCCUGUACAAGGAAGUCCAGGAUUACUUUGAGGCGGGCAUGAAGGUUCCAGACCACAUUACUCUGCUUUGGACCGAAGACAACUGGCAGAACAUCAGAAGGCUUCCAGUCGGAGAUGAGAAGAAGCGGUCUGGAGGAGCUGGCGUAUACUAUCACUUCGACUACGUUGGUGAGUCACGUAACUACAAAUGGAUCGACACGAUCCAACUCCAGAAGACGUACGAGCAAAUGUCUCUGGCCCGCGCUCGCUCUGCCGACAGGAUCUGGAUUGUCAAUGUUGGAGACAUCAAACCAGCCGAGAUCCCAAUCAGCCAUUGGUUCGACAUUGCGUAUGACAUGGAUGCUUACGACGAGACAUCGGUACCACACUGGCUCGAGGGCUGGGCGAAGCGCAGUUUCGACGAAAGUCACGCCGAUGAAAUCGCGGAGAUUCUCGACAUCUACGAGUUCCUCGCCAACAUGCGAAAGUACGAGUGGGUGGAGCCUGGCAGCUACAGCAUUCUCAACUACGAGGAGGCUGAUAACCUGCUUGCCCUUUGGGCGGAGAUCGCAGAGAGAGCCCAAGCAGUUUACGAUGCUCUUCCAGAAGAGCAACAGGGUUCUUUCUACGAGAUGGUAUUGCAUCCUGUGCUUGCUGGUGGCAACCACGUGGCAAUCCAGGUUGGCGGCGCGAGGAACCAGAUCUACUCGGGCCAAGGACGUAACAGCGCGAACAGGUGGAUGGAUUAUGUGAUUGCCGGGAUGAAGAAGGACAACGGAUUCACAAAGAGAUACCACGAACUGUUCAGCGGGAAGUGGAACCACAUGAUGGACCAGACCCAUCUCGGAUACCAAGGAUACUGGCAACAACCCAUGAGGCAAAGCACGCCUUUCAUGCGUUGGGUCCAAACUGCUGAGCGUGCCCUCUCCGGCGACAUGGGCGUUACGGUUGAAGGAAGCAACGCCACUGUUCCUGGCGACGACAUAUGGCACGCCAACUCAGGCAACUCUCUUGACCUUCCGCCCAUCACACCGUUCACCCCCAAACGCUGGCUGGAGAUCUUCUCGGUUGGCACAGAAGAAUUUUCUUGGAACAUCACCACCGAACCCUUCAUCACGCUCUCGAGAUCCCAAGGGCGCAUUGGUCCCGAAGAUAACGAUACGCGCGUCUACGUCGACGUUGACUGGAGUCAAGUUCCCGACGACUACGGUAAGAAGGUUGCUCUCAACGUCAGCAGCUCCAACAACUACGGCACAUCCGGCGGAAGACCCACGAUUAACGUCAUGGUCAACAAGACUUCGAUCCCCUCCUCGUUCAAGUCUGGAUUCGUCGAAUCAGGCGGAGAGCUUGCUUUUGAAGCAGAGCACUACACACGCCUCACGCCGGCCGGCAACCUCUCCUACACUCUUCUCCCUCGUUACGGACGCACCCUCUCUGCGCUCAAACUCUCGGACCACCUGGCAGAGUCCCUUAGCCCGUCUACGGCGCCCCUGCUCGAAUACGAUUUCUACACCUUCAACCCAACCACCAAAGCAAAGGGCCUCAACUUGACCCUCAUCCUUUCUCCAACCCACAACAUCUCGCCCAAGAUCCCGCUCGCAUACGUUGCGCAGAUCGACGACCUCCCACAACAGCGCCGUACCUUUGUCAUUGAUCGCCCGCAGCCGGAUUUCCCUGUUGGGUGGGGCACGGCGGUGGCGCAGAGUGCGUGGUUGAACACGACCAACUGGGGCGAAGUGAAGGCCGGACAGCACACUCUGAAGCUUUGGCUCGUUGAGGCGAAUGUUAUAUUGCAAAAGGUGGUGCUAGACUUGGGUGGGGUCAGGCCGAGUCACAAUGGCCCACCGGAGACGUUUCGUGUUGGAGGAGGCAAUGGAACGUCGAAUGCGACUGCGCCCUGGCGAUGA